AUGCCGGAGGCGGAAGGAUCAGGUGGUGGAAAAGGUUCAUCAUCGGAGGUGAACACUGGACGGGCCGACAACUACGUGCCAAUCUUCAAUGGCAAGCAGCGCGACUACCGCGAAUUCAGGAAGAGAUGUGAAAUCUACAAGAGAAAGAUGGAGCUGGCUGGCAGAGGCCGUGAGGCUGAUGGCUAUGACAAGAUGUUCGCUCGCCUGGACUGCGGAUUCAAGUACGACCCCAUGACGGAGCUGCCAGACGACUUUGAGAACUUCUUUGUCAAGCUCCAGCGGAGGCCAGAGCAGACCUUGCAGGAGUAUUCGGCCGACUUCGCCAGAGCCCAUCGGAAGCUGAGGUCAUCACACAAGGUGGAGCUGCCGGAGAAGGUGCUGGCCUGGUGGUUCAUCAGAAAGAGUGGCAUCACGCGGGAACAACGUCAGAUGGUGCUCACAACCAUGGGCACCGAGAAGAUGACCGUGGAGGCCGCCCAGGAAGCCAUGUUCUUCAUCGUCGGCCAGGACUCCAAGUCAGAGAAUUCGGGAAGAUGGCACCGAGGACCCAGGAAGGAGAUCUUCUACGCUGGUGAAAGCUGGGGUCCGGAAGAACCUGUGGAUGAAGACUUCCCGAGCAACUACUUGGAUGUGCACUUCCUGAGCGAGGACGAGGGCUGGUUGGACUUCGACCAGGACUAUUACGACCAACCUGCCGAGGACUACGGUGAGGCGGUGGAGGUCUACGACGUUGACGAGUAUGACGAUGUGUACUCGGCCUACGUUGAUGCGAAGAACAAGAUGAAUCAGAUGAGAACGGCCAGAGGCUUCUUCCCCGUGGUCGCGAUGAUUGGCGGCGGCGGCAGCUAUGGCAAGAAGGACAUCAACAUGGUCGAGAACGUGGAUGCUCAGGUAUACAGCUUGGAUGAUGGAGAUUCUGAAGGCGAAGACAGUGCGGUGCAAGAUGGCGGUGCAGGUGCUCUCCUCGGAUCGAGGCUCCAGGUGAGGAAGUACAUCAAGUACCUGGUGGAGAAGGGUGUUGACAUGGCGGAGGUGGAGGUGUAUCCAUGCACCAAAGGCUUUCGCUAUGGCAAUAGCCAGUUGGAGGAGACCAAGACCUGCGUGGUGGUGCCGACCUACAUGGGUGGGAAGAAACGCAAGAUGCUGGUCUACGUCAUUGGUGGAACAGCCCCCAUCCUGGUUGGAUGCCCCGUGCUAGAGAAGAUGGGCAUCGCGGUGGACUACGGCAAGAACAUGAUGAGAUGGACAUCAAGGCUCAUCCCCGAAGACGCCGAAGGUCAUGUGGACUUCAAGAGCAACCUUGGAGUGCAGGCGCUACUGGUGGUUGAGGAGGACAACCUGGAAGAGUCUUACGCGGUUGAGUCUGGGACCGUUCCAAUGGACAUGGACGACGUCGUGGAUGAAGGAGUGUCCGAGGAGCCGAGCCAACAGAAUGCUGUUGGGCUUGAUGCCGGUGGCUUGGAGUCAUCGAAGACCCCCGUGACCGAGAAGGCAACGAACGCGGAAUCCAAGAAGGUGAAGUUCGUUGGGGUAUGCAUGGACGAGAAUUCAUUAUUGAAGACGAGGAAGCUAACUACGCCUAUGCUUCGGAAGAUGAUCAGAGAAGCCGAGGAGGUUGUGUCCAGCAGGAACAAGAUACUGCGGAUGGCAAGGACAUGCGAGAAAGGCAAGCUAAUCCGUAAGAUCUGGGAGCUCUUCGUUGGCGAAGGCCGCACCAGCAAGUUCUUCGACAAGAUGAACGGUGUGGAAUCGAGGGUUUUCUCGAUUCAGAAUGGUUGGAACUUCGAGGACAAGGGCUGCCAGAAGAAGUUCAUGGAGCUGGUGAAGCGGGAAAGCUAUAUGCCUGCCGUGGUGUGGGAGAAUCAGCAGUUGGUCAAGAAUCGCACCGAGAACCAUGACAAUGUGCUGAUGUUUGUGAGAGAGGUCUACCUGGAGCAGUACCAGAAUGCCCGACACAUGGCCUACGUGGACCAAUGCAUGUACGGUCUAAAGACGCCAGAUGAGUGGGGUGUGAUGGUUCCCUCCAAGAAGCCGACCUGCUUUUGGACGACCAAGAAGUCUUUGGCAGAUGGACUUGCGAAAUGGCUGACAGACCUGAUGGCUGUUGCCCCGGUGGUAGAUGACGUGAUGGCUGGAGAGGAUGCUGAAGAGCUCAAGGACGAGAAAGAUGUGAUCAAAGCCGAUGAUGAGCAGGCAGAUGCUCAGAAGAGAGAGGAUGAGUCGAUCAAGAAGAAUCGACGGCUGCGAGCAGAAGUUGGACCGCAAGCCUUCAACUACGUGAAGCGGCUACACAAGAACCUUGGUCAUCCUGCCCCCGAUGUGCUUUGUCAAAUGCUCAACGAGGCGCAGGCGACCGAUACGGUGCUGAAGGCGGCGAAGAACUACCUCUGUCCAAGCUGUGUGGCUCGGUUUGCCAAGGCGACAGCUGGGGUGCAUCUGAAGUUCCCAAGCAUGGUGAAGAACCUGGACGAGCUGUGCUUUGUGGCGUUUUCCGACGCGGCUUUUGGCAUUCGUCGGGACUUUAGCUCGCAAGGUGGCUACAUCCUGGUGGCGGCAAACAAGAAGUUGCUGGAGGGUGAGUGCAUGCGAUACACAACCCUGGCUUGGAGGUCAUUCAAGCUGGAUAGGGUGUGCCGGAGUUCGCUUUCCGCAGAAAGCCAAGCAUGUGCGACGGCGACGGACGAGCUGAUGAUCACCAAGCUCUUCUACUCUCUCAUGCUCGAUCCUGACCAAGAUCUGAGAUCUGGCGAGACGGUGAAGAAGGCGGGUCAGAGUGCGGUGGUGAUUGAUGCUCGGGCGUUAUACGACGCGACCAAGCGGGACACGAUCAAGAACGCUGUGGACAAGCGGGCUGCUGUGGAAACCCUGUGCAUUAAGGAGGCGCUUGAGUUCACCGGCAGCGAGAUCAGGUGGGUGAGCUCAGAGAGACAGCUGGCGGAUGGGCUGACAAAGCUGUCAGCAAGGCAGUCACUGGCCGAUGCGCUGGGCGGUGGCUACAUUCAACUGGUCUUUGACGAGACCUUCACAGCGGCGAAGAAGAAGACCCACAAGGAGCGGAGUCAGCAAAGCCAGGUAGUGCGCGGAAGCGCCGUGGCGAACUAUGUGAAGGCCAUGAUCAUGGCCAAUGCGGCAGAGUGUGCAGAAGGAAAGUCAGACGAGGACGAUGAUGACUUCGACUGGCUCAUCAUCUACGGUGGCAUCAUGGUGGUGGUUGUGAUGAGUGUGCUUAUCACCAUUUUGGCGAUGAAGCUCAUCAAGGCAGAGAAGAAGAGCAUGCGAGACAUGGAGACGCAGACCGAACGGUGGGAGCUUGAGAAUGUGAAGAGUGAGAAUGCCUUCCUGAGAGGAAGAUGCCAGACCCUGGAAAGGUUGAAGGAGCAGAUGCCGCGAUUCCGCGCACAGCUGCUGUUGCAGCCGAGUGCACCUUUGUUCAUGGCGAAGAUCAGCUUGGCCAACCAUGAGCUCGGAGACCGGGCGGUGCGCACGCUGGUGGAGGCGCUCUUGGCUGGCUCGGUGCAGGUGGAGGUCGUGGAGCUGUACAAAAAUCGCCUGGGCGACGCUUCGGCGCAGGUCUGGGCCUCUGAGUAA